AUGGAAGACACAGCUAUUGAUUGUGGUAACAAUAACCCAACUAUGGAAGACACAGCUAUUGAUUGUGGUAAUAACAAUCCAACUAUUGAAGACACGGCUAUUGAUUGUGGUAACAACAACCCAACUAUUGAAGACACAGCUAUUGAUUGUGGUAACAACAACCCAACUAUGGGAGACACAGCUAUUGAUUGUGGUAAUAACAAUCCAACUAUUGAAGACACAGCUAUUGAUUGUGGUAACAACAACACAACUAUGGAAGACACAGCUAUUGAUUGUGACACGGCUAUUGAUUGUGGUAACAACAACCCAACUAUUGAAGACACAGCUAUUGAUUGUGGUAACAAUAACCAAACUAAGGAAGACACAGCUAUUGAUUGUGGGAACAACAACCCAACUAUGGAAGACACAGCUAUUUAUUGUGGUAACAACAACCCAACUAUGGAAGACACAUCUAUUGAUUGUGGUAACAACAACCCAACUAUUGAAGACACAGCUAUUGAUUGUGGUAAUAACAAUCCAACUAUUGAAGACACAGCUAUUGAUUGUGGUAACAACAACACAACUAUGGAAGACACAGCUAUUGAUUGUGGUAAAAACAACCCAACUAUGGGAGACAGCUAUUGA